AAGUAAAAAAAAAGUGAUUCUUCAAUCAAAUCCAAACAAGUGAAAUUGUGCCGGGUUGCAAAAUUUUGUGCAAACGGUUGUUUUAUAGAGAAAAUAAAUAAAAAAAGGUAAAAAUGUCGAAAGCUCACCCUCCGGAAUUGAAAAAGUUCAUGGACAAGAAACUGUCAAUUAAACUAAAUGCUGGCCGCGCCGUAACAGGAGUCCUCCGAGGAUUUGACCCUUUCAUGAACCUAGUGCUGGAUGAAUCAGUCGAGGAAUGCAAAGAUGGUCAGCGAAACAACAUUGGCAUGGUGGUCAUUCGAGGGAACAGUAUUGUGAUGUUGGAGUCACUAGAUAGAAUAUAGUAAUAAAUUCAUUCCCUAAUUUAAGAUAGGAAAAUACCCACUGCACCAUAUCUAAACUCAAUAGUUAACAAAUAAAAUUGAAGGUACAUCUAGAAAUAAGAAAAUCUACAGCUUUUAUUUAUUCUGUAAAUGUUUAUACUAAGAAAACCUAAUAAACAUAGGGGAAUAGAUGUUGAUUGAUUAUAUUGUGUUUUGAUAUGGAGUAGUCAAUGUGUGUGUGAUAUGUAAGUCUCAUGCAUAUUUAUGUGCCGGCAUUCACCAAAAACUAUUUAAAAUUUAAACAAUGAAUCCAAUGUUUGCAGAAUACUGAGAAAACCUGAUAUGCUCGAGGGUAACAAAAAAAUCAUUUGUAUUGUAAUAAAAGUGUUGAGAAUUGAAUAAUGUAAGAUAAACAUGUCGUGUUAUUCUAAAAGUAAAAUAUUUCUUAAUAACA